GAAAGUUAAAGGAGGCAUUAGCGGCCUGUUCUCAACUUUUCCCUCACUGGACUUUGGCUCUCAUAGAGAGCACGUUCGCUCAUGUGUUCGAAGUAAACGAUAGCCGACGUGCAAAGUAGCAAGUGAGCUGUAAAAAUAGCUAGUUUAAUGGCGUGAAAAACGCGGGAGAGCUAAGUGAAGCUAACGCACAGCUAAGCGAUGCUAAACUGAACUAAGCGGAGCUAAGCGAUGCUAAACUGAACUAAGCGAAGCUAAACGGUGCUAAAUGAAGCUAAGCGACUGAUACUCAGUCUGUCGUCGUGGAACAGUCCAUUGUAGUGCGUGUGUGGAAGGGAGACAUAAUAUAAAUGCAGCAUUCAAAUGGCUUUCUUUUUUUGUUUUGUUAUUUGUUUGUUUGGUAUGCUGACAUAAUUAUACAUGACGAAUAGUUGGGGGUGCUGCUGGCUCCGGUGGCCCAAGCUCUUGCUCGUUGGGGCAAGGGCAGUUGGUUUGGGGCCCCCUACGAGUUGGGGGCCUAAGGCAAUUGCCUAUUUCGCCUGAAUAGUAGAUUCGCCUAUGGGUAUUAGCUUUUUUUUAUGUCCCAAAGUACAUGGAGAAAUCAGUCGCUUGCUCAGUUCCUCAGUGUCAGUGAGUCAGCUGUGCUACACGAUGGCUGGAGGAGGUGAAACCCCUGAACUUUUUCCCGAAGAAAACUAAAUUGCUGGUAUGGGAAUAUAAAGAGACGGCCGCGGCGUAGAGAAGGAGGGCCAACCGACAUGUAAAACAUGUUUGCGGAGAUGGCUGCCGAGGAGGCAAUACCUCCAAUAUGAUUUCGCAUUUUUACAAAAUUAAAGUGUGAGAACCUGUGCACUCAACACCUACUGGACUGCUCCAAGAGGAAUCUCAAGUAGCACAACAGCAUGUCGACUGAGCAGCGCUAAUCCAAGUAUAAUGGAUCGAGCAAGCUUCCUGCAGUUUGGAAGUGACCCGUUCGGCCUUCUUAGUGGUAUACUGACGAGAUUAAACAAUGGCGUCGUCGCAGGGAUGUUCCGUGCCCGUCAGAAAGCCUUGCAGGGCGCUGUCGUGCUAUCCGUGUUGGGGCUGCUUCUCUGGAUCUCCGCCUUUCUAUACGGUAGUUUCUACUAUUCCUACAUGCCCAUGGCUGCUUAUUCCACACCGGUAUACUAUCACUACAGGACAGACUGUGAUUCCCCAUACUCUUACAUGUGCUCCUAUCCUGUGGCCAACAUUUCUCUGAUGAGAAACGGCAAAUCUGUCUUGACAUUCGGCCAGGCCUAUCAAAUAACACUCGAGCUGGACAUGCCUGAUUCGGAAACCAACCGGGAGCUCGGCAUGUUCAUGAUCAGAACAACUUGCUUCUCUCGUGCAGGCGGUCAAGUGGCGACGUCCGCUCGCUCCGCAAGGCAGUUGCUCUCUGCUUCAAGUUCUCGCUUUAGUAUGCUGCGGUACCAGUCCAACCUUCUGAGGACAAUGACAACCCUGCUGUCCUUCCCAAUGCUCCUGAGUGGAGUUGCUGAGCAGAAACAAGUGUUGGGUGUGGAACUCUUCUCAGAAUACAAAGAUGACCCAUACUUCCCCUCGGCCACGGCCGUCAUUGAGAUAUUAUCCAGCAAGGUGCAGAUCUACUCGUCCCAGCUCUACAUCCAUGCUCAUUUCACGGGUGUAAGGUACUUACUGUACAACUUCCCAGUCCUGUCAGCUGUUGUGGGCAUGUCCAGCAACUUUAUCUUCCUCAGCAUCCUCUUGGUCUUCAGCUAUAUGAGGCUACUGUUUGGGAGGCCAGUUCAAGUGAGCAACAAUCCUAAUGUCCAAGUAAACGGAGGGGGCAUAUUGGGAAACGGCGACAACCGCAAUACAGCAACUUGAGAUCUGCGUGACCAGACCACCUCUCCUCAGCAUGAAAAGAUAAUUUAGUAUGCAUAAAUUAAAAGUAGCCAUGUUUUCAUCUGUUAUCUUCCCAUUAAGUUCUAUGGACAUUUCCGCUUUGUGAAAAUUUAAAAGUGUAUUUAAUUUAAAAGUGUCCUCUCAACACGUCUGUUUGAUUUGUAUGAAGGGUUUUGUUGAACAGAGAUCUUCCGUAAAUGAAGGCGGACCAUCUCUGUUGCUAACUAUCAGAACUAUUAGUCCAUAUGUAACCUAGAUUCUAAUAUUAUUUUCAUAUUAUCUCAUAGUUUUUUUUUUGUCUGCUUCUGUUAUUUUCUGUGUCAUUUCAAAUACGAUUCAAGAUUGCACGCAUUUCCAUGAAAAUGUAAUCUGCAUUUGCCAUUCAGAAUUUGUGCAAGAUAGUGACUUCCAGUCGAAUCCAUUCGUAUUUGGUCUCCUGGGUUAGUAGGUCAGAACAAGCCAGGUUGGUCAAGCAAACAUGUCCAUGGUUACAGUACGCGUUCUUUACCUAGGCCUGGCCCGGAGGAUGUAUUCCAAACUAAUAAAGCUCUGCUUCUUAGUACACAAGAUAUGUUGCAUUAAUACUCUAUACUUAAUCUCUCAAAGCUUAAAAUUAUGACAAGAAUAUGAAAAAUUUGCUAUAGAUAGACUUCUCACAAAUAUUUUACAUUACAGUAGAGGAAUGUAGUUAAAUUGCUCAUAUUUUGUGGAAAAGUAGAAAUUUUGUUUGGUGGGAUACUGUGAGACCGUUAGGCCUGUCACACAAAUUUUAUAAGGCGAUAUAUGUCUCAAAAUUAUUGCCAAUAUGCGAUAUUAUUGCCUGUUUUUUUUUUCAGGCUACUAUUUAACCACGAAUAGUGACAAUACAUCCAAAUAAAUCACCUACUCAAAUGCAAUAAAUUAUUCUUAAAUAAAACACAAAAUAUAUUAAAAAAUUAUUAAAUAUUAAAGAAAACACAAUGCAUAA